AUGAGCAGUUGGUUGCGGAUCAUUGUCAUCUUCAUCUUACUCACGUUUACCGUGUCGGCUUUACCGUCGGACUACGUGCGAUAUCUUAUACAAGGUUUGAUUUUUCUCUUUUUACCUAUAUAAGUUUUUAAAUUUCCUCUUUAAUCGUCUUGCAAAAAGAGAAAAUAAAAGAUUUUACCUUGAACAGUGUCUCUGGAAAUUUGCACUGUAGGGACAGGAUUCUUGUAAGAACUUGAUUGGGAGUCAUUUGACGAUAUGAACGUUUCUGUCUAAUUUAUCAAGAAAAGGUUAAUUUUCGCCAACUUUCUUUUUCUCUGACAUUGAUUGCAGGAAGUGAAAGAUUAGAAAACCGGAAAUCGUCAGAUAAAAGAUCAUUGAACCAUGUUUCGUUGAAAAAACCAUUAUUGUUCUGUUUCGAUGCGCUGCGUAAGGACUCAUGAAAAGUAUUCGAUUGACUAUAAAUUGGAAGAAAAGCAAAUUUGGCUGAUUUUGAUUACCUUUAACAAUAAAUGAAUUCAAGUUCUCAUUUUCAAACAUUCCUUUUUACAGCAGCACGACAAAAUGACGCUGGUGGAGUAAACUAUGCUUAUGAUCAAGAAGAACCAGCUUAUCAUCGUGUCAGUAGAAGUCAGGUAUGUUUCUAGACUUUUAAAAGUGUUCUCAAGGCAUCCGAAAAUUGAUCAUCUAAUAAACUAAUUAUUUGCAGGGAGGUCCAUCGGUGAGCCUAGACUCCUUGUCGUCGCUGCCCAUGUUGCGGUACGGAUAA